AUGGUAUCAGAGCAAAGUUGUCAACCCACGAGUCAACCCGCGGGUCAACCCGGAUUGACCCGGACCCGCCCCAAAAAACGGGCCAAUGCAACCCUUUUGACAGUCAGCCCGGACCUGGUCAAACCCGGGAAAACCCGGUCAAACCCGGGUAACCCGGGCGGUUCGCCCAUCCAGAGCGGGUCACUGGGUUCUUCUCUUUACGCUGCGUUUGACACUGGCGCGGCGACGUUUUGGCCGGGAGAAGGCGGAGGGCAGGGUCUGAAAUAAAAAAAAAUCCUAUCAUUCCUGAUUCCUUCAUCGCACGAACUCUCCUCUCCAUUCUCGCGGCGCAGCCCUGCCUCCCACCCCACAGGCGCCGCUCGAUCGCCAUCCCCGGCCUCGUUCCCCUUCGUCGGCGGCAACUAGCUCCAGCUCCGCUCCCACAGCCGCUCGAGCUCUGUCCUCCGACCAAUCUGAGUUUGAGCGCCGCCAUCUGCCUUCGACCACUCGAAACCUCGAGCUUGGCCGCCAUCAACUUUCCUCUGCCUCAGGUCGGGUCGGGUCUCGUCGCCAUCUCCAACUCGAGUUCGACCUCCUCCCUCUAUUUGAUAUUCGAACUCAAAUUGCUCGUCCGGGUCCGGGUCGACCCGCGGUUUGACAACCUUGUAUCAGAGCCUUCU